AUGAAGCUUAUCGUUGUCGUCUCUCUGUUGGCGGCUUUUGCCAUUGCUGCCCCUGCCGUGCAAGAUGUGGACCAGGGCCACCAAGUUGGCUCUGGUAUGGAGUCCAAUCACGGCAAUCAGGAUAUGAAGAUCGCGCCGCCCGCGGGGCCAGGUCAAGACAUGGGCGGCGCAGACGAUAUCUUAGUCGAUGACGAGUCGAUUCGGUGUGCAAUAUGCAGAAGCGUGAGUCUGGUUUCUUCUGGUCUCCGGAUCAGGACUGAUGGUUUGCUUUAG